AUGAGUCUUCCCGCCGUUUUUCAAAGCUACACUCAGGGGAAGGGUGACAUGGAUAGUCGGACCCUGGUGAAGCUCUGCAAGGAAACAGGGAUUAUCGAUAAGCAGACAACACCCACUGACAUUGAUCUCAUCUUCACCAAGUGCAAAGCUAAGGGUGCAAAACGUAUCACGUACGAGGACUUUGAGAAGGUAGUUGAGGAGAUUGCGAAGCGCAAGAAGACGUCUCUCGAGGAGGUCACAGAGAAAAUGUGUUCCUCCUCAGGUCCCUCGUUCACUGGGACUAAAAUGGAGCCAGUCCGUUUCUAUGACGACAAAAGCACCUUCACAGGAGUGCACGCCCACGGCGGCCCGUCUACGUUGGACAAGCCCUCGACUAAAUUCAACGGAACUUUUGGAGAGAUGGGAACUCUGGGACCAUCUGGCGCCACAGCACAAAUCACGCUAGCGGACAUGUGCGACCGUUCGACUCCUGACGUUAGAGGCGUAAACAAGAACUUCCAAAAGUCGUGA